UGAAAAUGAAAAGUGAAAGUAGUGUCAAUAAUGCAUGAAGUAUCCUAUGUUUACUGUAGAAACCAUGGGAGUGGUAAUGUGACAAAAUACAUCAGAGGAAGAACUUUUAUGUAUAUGUGUGAACAAAGGAUCGUUCCAAAAACAAAAGUCUGCUAAUUCAACAAGAACGUCUAGUGAAAAAAGAGAGUAGUUAAACAUGGAUGAGGAUGAAUCGUAUGAAGAAAACUCCAUCGAAGAUCUAAUUCACGAACGAGAUGCAAAUGAGGUAAAUCAAGAUUUAACAGAGGAAGAAGAGGAUUCUUGUUAUGGACGGAAACAAGAACUUCUUCAUGACUGCAAGCGUUUAACCGAAAGUGCCAAAAAGCCAUUGAACGUUGCUGUCAUUGGACCACCAUGAUGUGGUAAAUCGUCAUUCCUUAAUACUCUGUUUGCUAGUCUAAACAGCGAUCGCUGGUACGAAUAUGCUAAAAGUGGUAAAUUCGGAAACCAUGAAGGUGUCAAGGGUAUGCAAGUUACAAGACGUCUGAGAAGCUUCACAAAAGAAGAAUACUAUAGACAGAACGAACAAUGUAUGUUACCUACAUUUAUAGAUAUGACAGGAUUUGAAGAUGAUGAUUCAGUGAUAACUGAAGAACUCUUAUAUCUUGUCUUCUGUGGGAAAGUUAAAGAAAAGGAGGCGUUAAAUGACAUGGAGACAUACGGAAGAUUGAAUGGAAUUGCAGCAAUGAAAGCGAUGUAUAGAACUAGAUUAUUUUCAUACAGACCAAUAGAUAGGAUCAUCAUUGUGUGUUCGUCAAAUCCAGAUUCUGCUUUGCCUACUGCACUAUUAAAAACAGUGGUUAAUGUUGCCAAUAAAUUAGACGUAACAUUUUAUGGAGUAAUGACACAUGCUGAUGUAUGUAGAGAAAAAUAUGGUGACAGAGUACAAGAAAGGGAGAAACUGUUAAGAGAAUACCUUGGUUUACCUGGAAAUAGAUUGGCAAAUGUAAUUAAUUACUGCUCAUCUGUGGAUCCUGAUCGAUCAUUUGAGGAUACUCUAUUACCAGCUGUCGAUGUACCCGUUCUGAGGCUUUUGAGACAGAUAUUGACACCGGAACCCAAUGAUUCAGUUAUGCACUUUGAAGAUUGGUUCAACAUGCUGAAAGCCGUUUUCUCUACUACCAAGUCUUUGUUUUACUACGGAAUUCGCUCUUUUGUCGCCGUAGACAAUGCAAAUGAGGUAAAUCAUGAUUUAACAGAAGAAGAAGGAUUCUUGUUAUGGACGGAAACAAGAACUUCUUCAUGA